AAUUAUUCCUUGCGAAAAAUCAUAAGCUUCAGAACUUUGGACGCCCAUUGAACAGCAUCACUACGAAGAGACUUGAAUUAUUUCUUCACAAUGGCGCCUUUAUUUAUUCUUACGGAGACGGCGGCUGGAUUGGUUUUAUUUAAGGCCGAUAAAAAGCUUUUGAAGAAGGAUGAUGUCGCUUCAGAAAUUGAAACCGCGGAGGGGAUCAAUGGAUUGUGAGUGCAAUUGCUUCCAGAUGGCGCAUUUGCAAUUGUGAUACAGAUUUCUAACAUGUUCAAUUGCACGGAUUAGAUUGAAGCUUAAGCAAUUCCAGAAGUUCGACAGUGCCGCGACAGCUUUGGAGGAGGUUGCUUCGUUGGUCGAGGGAAAAGUUUCACCUAUGCUUGCAAAACUUCUCGACACUUUAAAAGAUGAGAAGAAGGCGUCCCUGGCCGUUGCUGACCCUAAAUUGGGACAAGCUAUCAACAAACUUCCUGGUUUGACUCUCACACCAAUCUCCGACUCGAAAACAAAUGAUAUUUUCCGUGGAAUCCGCGAUCACCUCCCCUCCUUGAUCCCAGGUCUCCUCCCCGAACACAUCUCCACCAUGUCACUGGGUCUGUCGCAUUCUUUGUCGCGCCACAAGCUGAAGUUCUCACCCGACAAGGUUGAUACCAUGAUUGUGCAAGCUAUUUCGUUGUUGGAUGAUUUGGACAAGGAGCUAAACACAUACGCUAUGAGAGUAAAGGAAUGGUACGGAUGGCAUUUCCCAGAAAUGGGAAAGAUUGUAAACGACAACUUGGCCUACGCUAGAGUUAUUUUGAAGGUCGGUAUGCGCGUGAACACUUCAAGUACCGAUCUCGCGGACAUUCUCCCAGAAGAAAUUGAAGCUGCCAUCAAAGCUGCUGCUGAAGUUAGUAUGGGUACCGAAAUCACUGAAGAAGAUUUGGACAACAUCAAGCUUUUGGCGGAGCAAGUCGUCGGCUUUACAGAAUAUCGUCAGCAAUUGUCAAGCUACUUGUCUGCACGUAUGCAAGCAAUUGCCCCCAACUUGACCGAGUUGGUCGGCGAGUUGGUUGGAGCUCGAUUGAUAGCUCACGCUGGAUCUCUUAUGAACCUCGCCAAGAGCCCUGCCAGUACCAUUCAAAUCCUUGGUGCUGAAAAGGCUCUAUUCAGAGCCCUUAAGACGAAACAUGACACUCCAAAAUACGGUCUUAUCUACCAUGCUUCGCUGGUUGGUCAAGCUACCGGCAAGAACAAGGGAAAGAUCGCGCGUAUGUUGGCCGCCAAGGCAGCUAUUGGACUGCGCGUCGAUGCUUUGUCAGACUGGAGUGCACAAGGUGAAGGCAAAGGUGAUGAUGUUGAUGAUGAGGAGAGAUCCGCACUGGGUGUCACUUCACGUGCUAAGAUUGAACGUCAUCUCCGAGGCAUUGAAGGAAAGCCCCUCCUUCCUCGUGGUGUUGCUGUCGGACCAAAUGGUAAGGCAACUUCAGCUCCUGGUAAGUGGGAAGUCAAGGAAGCCCGAAAAUACAACGCAGAUGCCGAUGGUCUCGCUGGAGAUGAGCCAGCUGCUGCUAUCCCAGUGAGAGAGAAGAAAAACAAGAAGUAAGUUAUGAUGCUGCCCGUCCACAGCUACGUUCAAUGCUAACUAUUUCAGACUCAUCGAGGAAGUUGCUGAGGAAUCUGAUUCCGACUCUUCGGACGAGAGCGAUGCUUCCGAAAAGAAAUCUAAAAAGGGAGAUAAGGAAGCCAAAAAGGCUGAGAAGGCUGCAAAGAAAGCUGAAAAGGCUGCGAAGAAGGCCGCAAAAGCAGCUAAGAAGGCAGCAAAGGAAGCGAAGAAGAGUGCUGUAAAUGACACACCCGAAGUUAAUGGAAAGAAACGAAAGUCAGAAGAUGAUGGCGAAAAGUCCGAGAAAAAGAAGAAGAAGAAGAACAAGGAUUGAUUGGAUGUAAUUCUUCUUUCAGUUCUGUAUCAUAAUGCUUCGGAUAUCAUGAGUCUGGGCGUAUAGGUUUUUUUUGUUUAUAAAUGGCGUAGGGAUGGCAGAGUCAGGGUAUUGUCUUUAGGCUUAGAUGCUUUCGCAUAACAACAUAUUUUGCUUUGACAAAAUGCUCGGCAUAUUCAAUAAAAAGCGUAGUUUAAAUUAACCACUACAAUUUUUGCUC